AUUGUCAGCCAUCCCGGAGCAGCACCAUGCUGUGUGGCGCUUUAGUGUAGCAAGACCCUCGAGGAAACUCUUUCCCCAAACACUUUUAAGCCCCAACCCCAGACUGCAGCGCAAAGCGGCCGCGUGGAGCACCUCGGUCAUGGGCGCGCACCAACGGAGCUCCGCGCGUCUCGGCUCGGUCCUGUCACUGUGCGGAUGUUUGGCCUUGCUGUGCGGGGUGACGGUGCCGCGGGUGGAGGCCGGCUGCCGGGAGAGGCACAGCCCCAACUGCUGCACCGGCCGGAACAACGACUGCUUCGAGUACACGCGGAGGAAGACUCUGUGCUACUGCGACACGUACUGUCAGAAGACCAGAGACUGUUGCGACGACUACCAGAGUGUGUGCCAAAUAUCCGCAGCCAUCGACUGCGUGGUGGGUUCAUGGGGUCCCUGGUCAUCAUGCACAUCUGCUUGUGGAGUGGGCAGCACCGAAAGGAGUCGCCAAGUGUCUGUCCCUCCCAGAAACGGGGGGACGCCCUGCCCGGACCUCAAACAGCGCCGCGGGUGCUUCGGAAACAACGAAAUAUGCAGUUCGGCGAAAGAGGUGGCGAAGAUCCUUCCGGAUUCCUUCAAGAGGAACUUUAAGGACCCUUGGAGGAGGCCUCACAUGCUGAUGAAGGAGGAGAAGGCCAGCUACUGUGUGUAUUUGAGGGUAAAACAAGUGAGUGCGGCCUGCAAACUGAAACUGUGGAGUGCCCAGUUGGUGAGAGAGAGGCUGGUGUGCGCGGAGUGCCAGAGUGAUGCCAUGUCCAAGUCAGACCGAUGCGGAGGAGACGGCCUGGAGGCCACCAGGACCUUCUGGUCAGCAGCGUCCGCCAUAGGCUGUCACGGGUCGUGGGUGCGAGAGUCCUCUUCCGAAGGAUGCCGGUGUCCCCCUUACUCUGUCCUCUUUGUGUGAGCAGCCAUGUGUCCAGCACACGUCCAAGUCGGAGGACCGCAUUGUCCUCGAGUGCUCCUGCAAAAGCGAGCAGAGCCCUGCCAGUCAAGCCCUCACAUCCAGAAUUCCUGGAUGGGUUUACUCAAGGAGAUCAGCAGCAUCCUGCCACUUUUAGUUUUAUCUUCCACCUCAUACUCUGUACUGUAUUACUUACUACGCACGCAGCUAACCUUGCAGAUAACCUUUCAAAUUUUACUCCCACCUUGUUAUACUUUUUGUCCUCCAAAGCACAGCAACUUCCGUUUGUAUUUUUACCUCUCUGCUAUCUACCUCCAUAAAUGCAAGUGCGUUUUGAUAAUGCGUCAAGUAUAAAUAUGCAAAAAUAUAUAUAUAUAUAUAUUAUUUAGCUUUAUACAUUUUCUACUCUUGAUUGACUCUUGACACGUGUUUGUAACUAGAUGUUUUUACACCAAACAGCGGUGGCUGCGCUCCGCUUAAGCCCCGAUUCAAAGGCUCUGAAAUGCCCCGAUGAGUUGGAGAUUCUUCAAACUGCUUCUUUGCCGAACGUUUUUUUUUUUUUUCUCCAUGUCAGUACAGUGGAACCUCUAAAGUUGUUUAACUCGGAAUUCUGCACAAAUGUUCACUGUAAAUACUCCUAAAUUGAAAAAGAGAAAGUUUGAUAAUGACAAGCACAAUGCUCACAGGCAUAUAUUCUUUAUCCUCUACGAAGAACGACAAAUAUUUCCGCUUUAAAAUACAUUUUUAGUUCAUCUUAAAUCAGAUAUACUGUAUGGUUUUGCAUGUAAUGUGAUUUUUCUCUCUCUCUCGUAAUACUACACCUUAAAAUAGUUAGUUUUUAUUGACUAUCAUGUCUAUAUUUUUGUAAUUUGCACUCCACCCCCCCCUCCCCCCUACACACACAGAAAAUUACAAAUUUAGUCCUAUAAUAAUUUUUAUUGCGACCUUAAUACUGUUUUGUGCAUCUGUCAUCUCAACAUAUUUUUCUCAUUUUUCAAGCUAUAACGGUGGUUAGAUUAUUUUUUACACCUGUGUGACAGUGAAGAAUGUUAAAAUGGAAAAACCUAAAUAUGAACAGAAGUCGAAACACAUCGUAUUUGAAUAUAGAGGUUCCAUUGUAUUCUGUUCACCUAAAAGAAAUGUAAAAAAAAAAACAAGUAUAAGCAGUGAUUUCUCAGGUGCUUAGGUUUUGAAUCCUGUCUCUUCUAAUGAUGUAAUGUCAUUAUUAUCUUAAAUGGCAAAAAUAAAUCCAACAGCUCUUUUUGGGGCUGAAUAUUCUGGGGGAAAAGCCAUUUAAGAGAAUUACAGCAUCCUCAAGGUAUUGCUUGUUUUCACUCCCUAUUAAAAUCUCCCACUUUACUUUCAUGUGGGAGAUUUUUUUCAUGAAAGUAAGGCUACGUUUACACUGUUCCCUUUCAAAUUAGGCCAUUUUUAUGUCCACAUUUGAGUUUUUUUCACCGUCUAUCACGGGAUCUGUGAGGUGGCAGGACCGCUCAGUCCCAAAGCCUCAACGGCGCGCUGCGCUUUGGCCUGUAGUUUACCACAGGUGCCAGUAAAUUCCCUCCUGGCCUGUUACAUUCUGAUGGGGUCCCUCACGCUCAGUCGAGACUUUGUACGGAUAAAACGUGGUUGCCUCGCAGCUGUGGAGCACGUUUGUAGCCCCCGGCAGAGUCAAAUAAAGCUCCCUUGCCUGUCCCGGCUCCAGAGUCGGCGUCAGCGCAGGGGGCACAUGUAUCGUUUAAGGUCAAUACAUGUCUGUUGAUAUUAGUUUCCAGUCAACAAAUAAUUCUCUAAUCCAUCUGUUACACCCAUGGCUUAGCUUUAUGAGAGUUGUAGGCGGCAAUUGUUCCCGUCCCACUACGGACUGCCUCCAAAUUGUGUUAUGGCCUAUUACGUACUGGCAGGUUUAGUUGUGUGCGGCUCCUUUUAAUAAGGCCGACCAGAUUUCUCAUUCGCCGGGCGUCCACGGCAAUCGCCGCCUGUCACAUUUGGCCAUCUUGUCUCUCAACGUUGCCUCACGACCAUCCCGUUUUGUCCACGGUGGACCCGGAACAGAUUGUAAACGUAGCGUAAUCAUCCUUGGCCUCCUUGUUACUUGCUUUUGAUCCAUUAACGAGACAUGAAUGUCAGACACAGCACUUCUUCUGCUUGUGUGUUUCCCUAUGUGUAUGUGUGUGUGUUUUCUUUUCCUCGGAAGAAACAGCAGAUUAACAUAACAUUCCUGACUUGAAAAACACAGGUCAUUCAAGCGCAUGAAUUCCAAAUACCACACACACACACACGCACACACACUUGCACACACACACACACACAUCCCAGAAAGUUCCUUAAAGUGGAAAGCUUUGAUUUGUUAGUUCUCUUGCCACACUUGUCCGUGUUUGUGUUUAUUUAUUAUUAAACAAUGACUUUAUUAGCGCAGCGUAGCAUCCUCUGUACACUCUCCAUUAGUGAAAAUAAACAACUACCUUAUAACUGUCAA